AUGGACUUUGCAGGAAACCGCUACUACAAUAUACAUCGCGUUCUUUUAUCAUCUGUCGGUUUGUGGCCGUAUCAGAAUCCGAAAAUGAAAAAAUUUCAGAGAGUUAUUUAUUCCGUUGUGCUUGUCUCGUCUAUUGUUGUACAGCUAAUAUCAUUUUUUACAACUGAGUACAGUAUGGAGCUUUUGCUCAAAAUUUUGUCAUUUGCUAUACCUUGCAUGGUUUUCGUUUUAAAAUACAUUUCCUUCAUCAUGAACAAUGAAUCAAUGAGAGCACUCUUGGAAUAUAUUGUGAGCGAUUGGAAUUUGGUGCGGACCGAAGUGGAGUUCGAAAUUAUAAAAAAACAUUCCGAUUUCGGACGGUUCUAUACGUUGCUCUUCACAUGUGCGGUGUAUUCUAGUCUAUCCGGUUACGUGGUGAUUCAAUUUAUGCCGGAUUUUCUCGACGUUGUAGCGCCGCGAAACGAGUCACGAUCGCACAACAUACCUCUUGUCGCGGAAUACUUCGUCGAUCAGCAGAAGUAUUACCUUCCGAUUCUGCUGCACAUCGACUUUAUAGCUCUCAUAGGUCUGACCGUUGUGAUGUCCACCGAAUCUUUAUCCUCGGCCUACAUUCAGCAUGCGAUAGGAAUGUUCGAGAUCGCCAGUUACAGAAUAGAGCACGCGUUCGACGAGACGUUGGACGCAACGAAACCGAGCAAAUUUUGCUUGUACUGUGCGAACAUAAUAAGCGCCGUGAUUAUUCACAGGAGAGCGAUGAAUUUCUGCAAGUUUUUAAUGUCCAACCUGUCGGUGUCGUACAUAUUUCUGGUUGCCUUCGGAGUCGCGUCUUUGACCGCAAAUUUGCUUCGCCUCGUUUUAGUUUCGCAAUCCGGAUAUGUGAACAAUCUCGAGGAGGUGUUCGUCGCCGCGAUCUUUGUUCUCGGCCACGUUUAUUACAUAUUUCUGGGCAAUUACACCGGUCAGCGACUGAUCGAUCACAGCACCGAUGUGUUUCACCGAAUAUACAUGUCGCAUUGGUACGCCGCUCCGCCGCACGCUCAAAAAUUGCUAUUGUUCAUGAUGCGACAGAGCGUCAAAGGCACCUUCUUGUCCGUGGGGGGUUUGUUUGUGCCAUCGUUGGAGGGCUUCGCGACGCUCUGCGCGUUGAUCACCUCGGCUCACAACUUGGAAGUGAUUCUUAAAAUUCUCCCCCACAUCAUGCCUGUUCUUAUUUAUACGGUGCAGUACAACGCGCAUCACGUUUACGCCAGAAAAGUCAAGUUGAUGAUGGACGAAAUACGGAACGACUGGAACGCUCUGAACGACAAACAGGAGAUCGAGAUAAUCGAGAGAUACGCUCAAUCCGUGAAUAUGCUCACCUUCGUUUUCGCACUUUGUACUUUUUUCUUCUUGCUUAUAUUCAUCUUUAUCGAAUUUCUGCCGAUGCUGCUCGACGUGGUCGCGCCCCUGAACGAGUCGCGACCGCGCGAGAUACACGUGGUGGCGGAAUAUUUUAUCGAUCCCGUGAAAUAUUUUCCCUUCAUGCUGCUGCACGAGAUCGUCGCGUGCAGCGGCGGAGCCGUCACGACUCUCGCUACCGGGACAAUACUGAUGGUCUUCGCUUAUCACGUUUGCGGGAUGAUGAAGGUCGUCAGUCUAUUAUCUUUUAUAAGUCUCAACUUAUUUCGCCUUCUUCAACCAGCCACGAUAAAGAACACGACAGAUCUCAUUACGAAUAUCGUGCUUCUCAUCGGUCAUUUUGCUUACAUGUUUCUGGCUAAUUACUUCGCGCAAACGGUAACCGAUCACAGCGCCGAUAUUUUUGACGCGACAUGCAAGGUAAUGUGGUACGUUGCUCCAUUGUCGUCGCAAAAAAUACUGUUAUUUUUCAUGCGCAGGACGAUAAAAUUUUUGAAACUUGUCCUCGGCGAUAUGUUCGUGGCAUCGUUGGAAGGUUUCGCCACGGUAAUAUGUGCACAAGAGCAAUUAUGUAAAUUACUCAAAAAAUAG